AUGGCGGAUGCUGAAAAGAACGAUCUAUGCAUGCCGACACCCCCGGCAAAGGCCGUUGUCGUAGAUCAUGACAUGGCCAUUAGCCCGGAUCCUGAACAGACCAUUGUCGUAGACCAUGACAUGGCCAUUGCCCCAGAUUCUGAACAGAUCAUUAUCAUAGAUGAUGACUUGGCCAUUGACCCGGAUCUUGAAAAGGUCACUGACACCAACGACGCUUCCAAGGAGAUCCCAUCCAAUGGUCAUGAGUCUCCCGAUGUGACUGACCUGGAGGCUCAGGCCACAGAGCCCCGACGGAAGCGGUUUGCGCACUUCAGAUAUGUCAUGUUUACUGUGUAUCGACGGCUCUUCACUGUCGUAUUUUGCGCAAAUCUCGCCGUUUUUCUCUACGUGAUGAUCUCUGAUCGGCGGCUUCUAGCACUCGUGAAUGCGACAGCUGUAAAUUUGGUGGCGUGCGGUCUCGCUCGACACCCGAUGAUGGUCAAUGCCAUCUAUAGAGCGGUAUGCUCGAUUCCGCGAAGUGCACCCCUGUCUUUGCGCCGCAGGUGCGCUAAGGCAGCCCACUACGGUGGUGUCCACAGUGGCUGUGGGACCGCAUCUUUGGUGUGGUAUAUUGGAUUUGUUGCCAUGGUCUCACAGAUCUAUUGGACAAACUCUCCCAUCAGCACAGUAACAGAUUCCGGUUUCUCAGCGGCGCCGAUCGCCGUCGCCUAUGUCAUCCUUGUGCUACUCUUCGUGAUGAUAGUCGUUGCAUACCCAACCUUCCGGAGGAGAAUGCAUGAUCACUUUGAGCUCACCCACCGAUUCACCUCAUGGCUGAUUCUGGCCCUUUUCGUGGCUCUAGUCAUGAUAUUUGCUCAUGAAGUGGGCAGAGCAGAGAACCACUCUCUUGGCCAUGCCCUCGUCACUCUUCCUGCGUUUUGGCUGUUAAUCGUGGCUAUCCUCGCCGUGGCCCAUCCAUGGCUACUAUUGCGGAGGGUUCCGGUAAAGGCCGAGCCGCUCUCUAAUCAUGCCGUACGACUAUCCUUCGAUUUCACCCCAAUCAGCUUCGCAAAAGGUGUCCAAGUGUCAAAGCAUCCUCUGCGCGACUGGCACAGCUUCGCCGGCUUCCCAGACCCCAUUCCAGCUGAUGUGAAGCCAGUCGUCAAGAACACAUCUGGCAAGAAGCCAUUUGUCAAGGGGCACGGGCAUAAGAGGAGCUGGUCUAUCGUGGUGUCCAAAGCAGGAGAUUGGACGGCCGAUACCAUCCGUGAACCGCCAACCCACCUCUGGAAGCGCGGGUCGCUGAUGCGUGGCGUCGGAUACGGUCUACGUGUUUUUGAUCGCAUUAUCAUAGUGACUACUGGGUCCGGGAUAGGACCCUGUCUCGGAUUCCUAGGCGACAAAAACCGGCCCUUGAUCAAGGUCAUUUGGCAAACACGUAACCCGCUCAAGACUUAUGGCCAGGAUGUUAUUGAUCUCGUCCAUAAGAUGGGUCCUGACCCGAUUAUCUUCGAUACCAGUCGUGAUGGCCGUGUUGACAUGCUCCCCGUCGUGCGACAGCAAGUGAAGGAAUUCAAAGCGGAGGCAGUGUUUGUGAUCAGCAACCCCAAGAUGACUCAAGAUAUCGUUUACGAGUUUGAAUCACAAGGGAUUCCAGCCUACGGGCCAAUCUUCGAUUCAUGA